AUGUGGUACUUCAUUGUCUUUAAGUUACCUUUUUCUACUGCCCUUAGUUCUAGUAAGAGCCAAAUAAGUCAUUGGAGACAAAAAUGUUCUAACCUGCUAACAAAGCAGCCUUCUCCUGGAAAAAACCAGCUAACAAUCACUUUUUAUUAUCGGUAUUUCGCUCUGUGGUCUGAUAUAUCACUGUCACCAUCAUGCUGGAUCGCAGGUUUAUGCUUUAGAUGCAAACCGCAGCAAGUUCUAACAUUGGUGUUACUGGAUCUUCCUGGACUUCUGUUUUUCUCCACAUAUACUCUCCUUGUCCUCUUUUGGGCAGAGAUCGAUCAUCAGGCUAGAUAUCUACCAACUGAUAAGCUGAGGCUUGUUUACAUAUUGCUAAACGCUGAAAUUUCCUUCAUACAGGUUUGUAUCUGGAUUUUUCUCUGGUUGUAUAACAAUGAAGCAUUGGAAACCGUAGGACGUAUCUUUAUUGCAGCUGUCUCAUUUGUUGCUGCGAUCAGUUUCUUGUUUUACGGACGAAGAUUGUUUGUAAUGCUGAGACAGUUCCCAAUUGAAUCUAAAGGAAGAAGUAAGAAGUUAUACGAGGUUUGUCUUCUUUCCUGA